AUGGCAGUCGUUCACAACUACCUGUUCUUACUCUGUGGUCUGCGCGUUUUACUCUCGGUUGAUCUGGAGUUGGUGGACACAAGCAAUCCCAUAUACCACCUAGGUGCCCCAGAUGUAAUCGACUACAAGGAUCCUUGUAAAGCUGUUGCCUUUUUGGGAGAUAUUGCCUUGGAUGAAGAAGACGUCCUUGUGUUUGAAGCUGCCCGCAGCGGAGAAACUACACAGCACGCCACACCGACUCUCAACCGAAUGGACGCAGUGAACAGUUCCACCUCUAAAGACAACAGCAGGAUUAAGGGGACUGCAGGUAGACAGGGUCUGCUUCGUAGGAGGAGGGCCGCCACCUCCAGACCUGAGCGUGUAUGGCCGGAUGGUGUCAUUCCAUAUAUGAUCAGCGGCAAUUUCAGUGGCAGUCAGCGAGCCAUCUUCCGCCAGGCAAUGCGUCACUGGGAAAAGCACACUUGUGUAACAUUCAUUGAGAGGACUACUGAAGAAAGCUACAUAAUUUUCACCUACCGACCUUGUGGGUGUUGCUCUUACGUGGGGAGGAGAGGUGGAGGACCUCAGGCUAUCUCCAUAGGAAAAAACUGUGAUAAGUUUGGUAUAGUCGUACAUGAACUUGGCCAUGUGAUUGGUUUCUGGCAUGAACACACCCGUCCAGACCGUGAUGAACAUGUGAGCAUCAUCAGAGACAACAUCCAACCAGGACAAGAAUACAACUUCUUGAAGAUGGAGCCAGGUGAAGUUGAUUCCCUUGGAGAGGUGUACGACUUUGACAGCAUCAUGCAUUAUGCAAGGAACACAUUUUCCAGAGGCAUUUUCCUGGAUACAAUCUUACCUCGGUAUGAUGUCAAUGGAGUCAGGCCACCCAUUGGACAGAGGACCAGGCUUAGCAAAGGGGACAUUGUGCAAGCCCGCAGACUCUACAAAUGUGCAAGAUGUGGGGAAAGUUUACAAGACAGCAGUGGAAACUUCAGCUCUCCUGGUUUUCCCAGUGGCUAUGCAGCCUAUUCUCACUGUGUCUGGAAAAUUUCUGUCACACCUGGAGAAAAGAUUGUCCUGAAUUUUACGUCCAUGGACCUCUUUAGGAGUCAUUUGUGCUGGUAUGACCAUGUGGAGGUUCGAGAUGGUUUCUGGAGAAAAGCUCCACUCAAAGGGCGAUUCUGUGGUGACAAGCUUCCAGAGCCCAUCGUCUCAUCUGACAGUCGACUGUGGAUUGAAUUCAGAAGCAGUAGUAACUGGGUGGGCAAAGGCUUUUCUGCAGUCUAUGAAGCCAUCUGUGGUGGAGAGGUGAAGCGGGACAAUGCCCAGAUCCAGUCUCCCAAUUACCCUGAUGAUUACCAACCCAACAAAAUAUGUGUGUGGAAAAUCACAGUAGCGCAGGAUUUCCAUGUUGGCCUCUCCUUCCAGUCAUUUGAGAUUGAGCGACAUGACAGUUGUGCCUAUGACUACCUUGAAGUGAGAGACGGCAGCUCUGAGGUCAGCCCCCUGCUGGGUCACUUCUGUGGCAGUGACAAACCAGAUGACAUCAAAAGCAGCUCCAAUCAGCUGUGGCUGAAGUUUGUGUCUGAUGGGUCAAUCAACAAAGCUGGGUUUGCUGCCAACGUUUUCAAAGAGAUGGAUGAGUGUGCCAAACCUGACAAUGGUCGCUGUGAGCAGCGCUGUUUGAAUACUUUGGGCAGCUACAAAUGUGCUUGUGAUCCUGGCUAUGAGCUGGCACCUGACAGACACAGUUGUGAGACAGCUGCCUGUGGUGGGUUUAUCACCAAGCUGAAUGGCUCCCUCAACACCCCUGGAUGGCCGAAAGAGUAUCCUCCCAACAAAAAUUGUGUCUGGCAGCUAGUGGCACCAAUUCAAUAUCGCAUCACCUUGCUGUUUGACAUAUUUGAGACCGAAGGCAAUGACGUAUGUAAAUAUGAUUACGUGGAGGUACGCAGUGGAUUGAGCUCAGACUCGAGGCUUCAUGGCAAGUUCUGUGGAGCAGAGAAACCCGAGACCAUCACCUCUCAAUACAACAACAUGCGGAUUGAAUUCAAAUCUGACAACACUGUCUCCAAGAAGGGAUUUAAGGCCCAGUUCUUUGCCGAUAAAGAUGAGUGCUCCAAAGAAAAUGGUGGUUGCCAACAUGAAUGUGUGAACACCUAUGGAAGCUACCGUUGUCAGUGCCGCAGUGGUUUCAUGUUGCACGACAAUAAGCAUGACUGCAAGGAAGCGGGCUGUGACCAUGUGGUAAACAGCGUAACAGGCAUAAUCAGUAGCCCUAACUGGCCUGAUAAAUACCCCAGCAAGAAGGCCUGUGCCUGGUCUCUCUCCAUCACCCCUGGCCAUCGGAUCAAAAUUGCUUUCAAUGAGAUUGACAUGGAGGCUCAUCUUGAGUGUGCCUACGACCAUCUAGAGAUUUAUGAUGGACAAGAUACCAGUGCUCCGAGGCUGGGACGUUUCUGCGGCACCAAGAAACCUUCUCCAAUCAUCUCAAGUGGCAACAUGAUGUUCUUACACUUUUUCUCUGAUAACUCGGUACAAAAGAGGGGCUUUGAGGCGUCACAUAGUGCAGAGUGUGGCGGAAACCUUAAAGCUGAGGUCAAGACUAAAGAUCUGUACUCCCAUGCCCAGUUUGGAGAUAACAACUACCCUGGAGGUUCAGACUGUCAGUGGGUGGUCUUUGCUGAGAAAGGUUACGGCGUGGAAAUCAUUUUCCAAGUCUUUGAGAUCGAGGAAGAGUCAGACUGUGGGUAUGACUACGUGGAACUAUACGAUGGCGCCGACACCAAAGCUCCAAGGCUUGGACGAUUUUGUGGUUCUGGGCCCCCAGAGGAGACAUACUCAGCCGGAGACGCCAUUGUUAUAAGAUUUCAUUCAGAUGAUAGCAUCAAUAAAAAGGGCUUCCACGUGCGCUAUACGAGCACCAAGUUCCAGGACACGUUACAUAUAAGCAAGUGACUCUUCUCCACUCGAGAUUAAAAAAGGAGACUUCGAACUUGGACACACCCAAUCUCGUGAGGAGGGAUGAAAACAUGGGUUUAUUCCCAAAAACACCAGCCCACAUACCCUGCAAUCAUAUCUGUAAGGAGUAAAGCCAUGCAGUUAUCUGUAGUCUUUAAACUAUCAUUACAGGUUAGCAAUGAAAGGUGAGAGAUAAUUUAAAUUAUUUUUUUUCCAAAUAAAUUUAGAUACUCGGAUCUAUUUUGAAUUGAUUUCAUCAGAGCACUGUAUUAAAGGCGAAAAUACAGAAUGUAUUUAUUUUGUGAAAAUAAAAACCUCUGUUCUUUAAUCAUAUCUCAUAAUUGAGCCCUGAUGUAUUCUGUGUCCCUUUUUUUGCUGUAUCUGAAGAUUAAAGAUUG